CUAAGUAAAGCAAAAAUAAAAACCAAGUGACGAGUGAGUUUUGUGUUCCAAAUUUGCCUGUACAAAAUUCUACUUUCCAGAGAAAUGUCGCUGCUACGCAGAGUAAUGUGCCUCAGGGCUGCGUCCAACUCCUUGCAGUUCUUAAAUUCUGCUACCAAUAAAAACGCUUCUCGCUGCGCAUCCACCAAAGAUACCGAUGCUCCACUCGAUCCGAAAACGGCCUUGGCUCGUCCCGAGGAGUUGGAGCAGCACUGCCAAUUAAGCGAAACGAUCACCGUGCCCACAGCCGUGGAUUUGAGUCCCAUUUCCGGAGUGCCGUCGGCGCAGCUAAAGCAGCGUCGUGCACGCAUUCACCUGCCACCCAAGCAUGCGAUGCAAAGUGGCAUUAACAACCUCAAAAAGUGGCAGAUUGAGUUUGACAAUCGGGAGCGAUGGGAGAACCCACUAAUGGGCUGGGCCUCAACUGGCGAUCCUUUGUCCAAUUUAAAUUUGCAUUUCGGCAGCAAGGACGAGGCCAUCACCUACUGCGAACGCAAUGGCUGGCGUUGGUAUAUCGAUGCCAAAGAGCCCAAGCCCAAGGAGCAGAAGAAGAAAAGCUACGCAGACAACUUUUCGUGGAACAAGCGCACGCGUCUCUCCACCAAGUAGAUUUUGGGGCAGUUAAUUGGGCAGUUUGAACCUUCGGAGUACACAAAAAGAGAAAGGCAGCGCCCGAACCAAUCACAAAACGGUUUAGAAACUAUAAAU